CCCGGGAGCAUGAAGGACCGAACACAGGAGCUCCGCACGGCCAAGGACAGCGACGACGAUGAUGAUGUCACUGUCACCGUGGACCGAGACCGCUUCAUGGAUGAGUUCUUCGAACAGGUGGAGGAGAUCCGCGGCUUCAUUGACAAGAUCUCAGAGAACGUGGAGGAGGUGAAGCGGAAGCACAGCGCCAUCCUGGCCUCCCCCAACCCUGAUGAGAAAACCAAGGAAGAGCUGGAGGAACUCAUGUCUGACAUAAAGAAGACAGCAAACAAAGUUCGCUCCAAAUUGAAGAGCAUCGAGCAGAGCAUCGAGCAGGAGGAAGGCCUGAGCCGCUCAUCCGCUGACCUGAGGAUCCGAAAGACACAGCACUCCACACUGUCCCGGAAGUUUGUGGAGGUGAUGUCCGAGUACAACUCCACGCAGACUGACUACCGUGAGCGCUGCAAGGGCCGCAUCCAGAGGCAGCUGGAGAUCACCGGCCGGACCACGACCAGCGAGGAGCUGGAGGACAUGCUGGAGAGUGGGAACCCCGCCAUCUUUGCCUCCGGGAUCAUCAUGGACUCCAGCAUCUCAAAGCAGGCCCUGAGCGAGAUUGAGACGCGCCACAGUGAGAUCAUCAAGCUGGAGAACAGCAUCCGGGAGCUGCACGACAUGUUCAUGGACAUGGCCAUGCUUGUGGAGAGCCAGGGAGAGAUGAUUGACAGGAUUGAGUACAACGUGGAACAUUCGGUGGACUACGUGGAGAGGGCUGUGUCUGACACCAAGAAGGCCGUCAAGUACCAGAGCAAGGCUCGCCGGAAGAAGAUCAUGAUCAUCAUCUGCUGUGUGGUCCUGGGCAUCGUCAUUGCCUCCACCUUCGGAGGCAUCUUCGGGUAGAGACCACCCCACCGCCACUCCGCUCUGGACGGCCCACCCCAGGAGGUGCCCUGGCUGCUGCCACCUUCUGGCUCGAGCCCUC